GCUGUCGUUAACCCACGUGCAUUAUGUGAGUCUCUGUUCCGAAAGGACUCAAUCACGACCGGUGAUCUCGAGCAGAGCUUUGGUACUGACUUCCAUACUUCAUGUUCAUAGAACCCUGAAGACCCGUUAUCCUUCCUUUCUGCCUGGCUCGCCCUUGUACCCCAAGCACUAUGUGUGGCCUACGUGACCCUUAUCUGGGCCUCGAGAGAAGUGGAGGUAAUUUCCAUGUUUGCUGGGCAAAUGGGUUGUGAGGCAUUCAAUUUUGCCCUGAAGCGAAUUAUCAAAGAAGAAAGACCAAAGCAAAUGCUCGGGAAAGGCUACGGGAUGCCGUCGUCCCAUGCCCAAUUCGUUACAUAUUUCGCUGUCUACCUGACUCUGUUCCUUCUCGUCCGGCAUGUUCCAACUGUUCCAAAGCCUGACACGACUUCCUAUUAUCUCAUGCGGGUGGCGCUGGCUGCCGGGGUGUGUCUCGGAGCUGGCGCGGUGGCCACCAGCCGCAUCUAUUUGAACUAUCAUACUCCAAAACAGGUGCUAGCAGGUUGCGCUGCUGGCGUUCUGUGUGCGGUAUCUUGGUAUGUGGCUACGAGCUUUUUGCGGACGAAGGGUUAUGUCAAUUGGGUAUUGGAUCUGGGAAUAUCUCAAUUCUUGAGACUUCGAGACUUAGUGGUAAGUCAGGAUCUCGCAGAAGCCGGAUGGCUGCAAUGGGAAAGGCAGCGAAAGUUGAAGCGGCGAGGCCACAGUGAUCAACCGUCGGCCAAAUCGGAUUGAAUAUUGGAGACUUCAUGGACCUACUGUUAUAGCAGGUCGAUCGUCCGUGUACGGGUUUCUAUAUGAUACCCUAGCUUCCAGCGUGCUUGCUGAAAUAAUAUAGAAAUGCAUCUUAUCUUAAG